CGGGGAGCGGGGGGAGUGGUGACGGCCGGGCCCCGCCCCCAGCCCCAGCUACCGGGCGCCGUAGCGGAGGCGGGGUGGCGGAGCCCGGUGCGGCUCUGCGCUGCAUCCUGGCACUAGGCCGGGACAGGCAAAGAACAGGAGAAACCAGGCGGCCACCCAUGCGCGAGGCCCUGUGAUGGCAGGGAAUUGAUGAGGUUGGACAGAUGACCCCCGCUGGUGACCCAUGCUACAGAGGAAGUUUGUGUGUGUAGGUGAAAUUGAUGUCUGGCCAUAUUUGCUGAUCAAAAUCUUGCCCUUCCAAGCCUACCUGUUGCCCAGUGUUCAGGGCGAUCUGCUGGGUUGUGGGAGACCGAGCUGAAGAUGCCCUGAGCCUGGUGUCCGGGGCUGGGAGGCACAGGGAAGCACCAUGGACCCUGAGAUCUCCAUCAUGCUGCAGUGUCCGUCUCCCAAGGGCCUGGCAGAAACAGAGGUGCGGGCUGAGCUCUCCCCAGCAUACGACCGGCGCCAGCUGCCCGGGGGCCAGGCCUGGAUCGACGCUGUCUGGGAGGCCCGGUGCCGCCGCAGCCCCUGGCUUUUCAACGGCUCCAAAUUCCGGCUGCAUUCAGCCCAGCUGGAUGGGGGCUCCCUGACCUUUCGUCUGGGCCUCACCUGCUACAAGGACUUUCUGGGUACCAACCGGGCUGGCAUGGCCAGGCACCUCCAGCAGCAGGGGCGGCAGGACUUUGGGGACAGCCAGGCCUACCUGGCGGAGCCGCUGGGAGUGGGCGCCAUGGUGCAUACCACUGAUGACUGCUUCGUCUUCCUACGGCGCAGCCUGAAGGUGGGCGAGGCGCCUGGCCUCGUAGACAUCCCCGGGGGGCAUCCUGAGCCACAGGCUGUGGUGGGGGAUGUCCCAGAAGAAUCCAUCCGUUUGCAGGAUCUCCCCAGACAGAUGGUUGUCAAGGAGAUCUUCAACUCCAUCCUGCGGGAGAUCCGAGAUGAGGUCAACCUGCCACUGCCCACCCUAAGCCAGCCAGUGCUGCUGGGCAUCGCUCGGAACCAGACCAGCGCAGGUCGGGCCAGCGCUGAGUUCUAUGUCAGGUGCAGUCUGACGUUGGAGCAGGUGAAGCAGAGAUAUGAGAUCGGGGGGCCUGAAGCUCAGGAAUCCACCGGCAUCAUCUUUAUCAAGAGAGAGAACCCGGAUGUCCGUCUGUCCAAAGCCUUGUCCUAUGUUUUGCGUCAUGGAGCAGCCCAGCUGGGGCUGGAGAUGGGUGCUGAUGGGUUCGUAGACGUGGCUGCCCUGCUGAGCCUGCCCCGCUUUGGGGGUGUCUCUGUGGCCGAUGUGCGACACGUCGUGGAGACUAACGAGAAGCGCCGCUUUGCCCUGCGCUCCCACCCUAGUGACGGGCGCUUGCAGAUCCGUGCCAACCAGGGGCACUCACUGCAGCAGGUGUCAGAGCUAGAGCUGAUCCCACUGCUGGAGCCCACAGCCCUACCCCAGACCAUGGCCCAUGGCACUUACCUGCGGCACUGGCCGGCCAUCUGCCAGGGGGGCCUUUCCCGCAUGGGGCGCAACCAUAUCCACCUAGCACCUGGGCUGCCCGGGGAUGGACAAGUCCUCAGCGGGAUGAGGCAGGACUGUGAUGUGGCUAUAGUGAUUAAUGGGCCCCAGGCGCUGGCAGAUGGGAUCAAGUUCUAUCGCUCAGCUAAUGGUGUCAUCCUCACACCAGGUGAUGCCGAAGGCCUCCUGCCUCCCCAGUACUUCCAGAGAGUCCUGCAGCUCCGGCCUGACAGGCAUCUGCUACCCCUCAAGUGACCCCCACAGGGCCGAGCCGGCUCCAGGGUCAUGACAUGGAGGAGAACCAGGGCAGGAGAGAGCAGUGUAAAAUAACAUCCCUAUUGUUCCA